AUGCUGGAGAAGAACAGACAACAUGAGACAAAACAGGACAUACAACAUGAGACAAAACAGAACAGACAACAUGAGACAAAACAGAACAUACAACAUGAGACAAAACAGGACAAACAACAUGAGACAAAACAAGAUAUACAACAUGAGACAAAACAGAACAUACAUCAUGAGACAAAACAGGACAUAAAACAUGAGACAAAACAGAACAUACAACAUGAGACAAAACAGGAUAUACAACAUGAGACGAAACAGAACAGACAACAUGAGACAAAACAGGAUAUACAACGUGAGACAAAACAAAACAGACAACAUGAGACAAAACAGGACAUGCAACAUGAGACAAAACAGAAAAGACAACAUGAGACAAAACAGGAUAUAAUACAUGAAACAAAACAGGACAGACAACAUGAGACAAAACAGGAUAUAAUACAUGAAACAAAACAGGACAGACAACAUGUGACGAAACACAACAGACAACAUUAG